AUGACCGAGACUGAACGUCAGGCUAAUCCAGCCGUCGACCAUUUCGCUCCGAUCAUUGCCGAUGGUGAUACCGGUCAUGGUGGCUUGACUGCUGUCAUGAAGCUUAUGAAAAUGAUGGUAGAGCGCGGUGCAGCUGGUGUCCAUCUCGAGGACCAGAAGCCUGGCACCAAGAAAUGUGGCCACAUGGGUGGCAAAGUGCUCGUGUCUACGCGAGAGCACAUUGACCGUCUCGUGGCUGCUCGGUUGAUGACCGAUGUGCUUGGCGUUGAGACAAUUAUUGUGGCUCGUACUGACGCUGAGGCCGCCACGUUGUUGGACACUAACAUCGAUCCUAGAGAUCAUAGCUUCAUUGUUGGUGCCUCAAAUCCUAACGUGAAGGAUUCUCUACAGGGUAAGGUUGACGCUGCUGUCCACCGUGGAGCCUCUCCUGAGGAGAUAUCUAAGCUUGAGACUGAUUGGGUCAUGAAUGCUCAGCUGACCACCUUCCCUGACCUCGUUUCGAGCAAACUGAAGGCCAUGGGCAAGUCUGUGACCGAAUGGGAAGAGAAGAGUAUGUUCAUGAGUAUCGACGAGAUGCGUGCUGAGGCUAAGAGGUUGCUCGGCACUGUUCCCUUCUGGUGCUGGGAUCUUCCUCGUACCAGAGAAGGCUAUUAUCGCAUCAAGUGCGGCACUAGGAUGUGCAUUAGCCGUGGAAUUGCAUUCACGCCUUACUGCGACAUUCUCUGGAUGGAGUCGAAGAAACCCGUCUACUCUCAGUGUUUCGAUUUUGCCAGUGCUAUUAAGAAGGUUCAUGGUGACAAGAUUCUUCUCGGCUACAACCUGUCUCCCAGCUUCAACUGGGAUGCUGCUGGCAUGACUGAUUCGCAGAUCGCCUCCUUCCAGAAGGACAUCGGCAAGCUGGGUUAUGUGUGGCAGUUCAUCACUCUGGCUGGCUUUCAUCUGUCAGGCUUACACAGUGAUGUCUUCGCCAAGAACUACGCCAAGGAGAAUAUGCUUGCCUAUGUUAGAGAUGUGCAGAGGGCCGAACGUGCCAAUAAGGUGGAGCUGUUGACGCAUCAGAGGUGGAGUGGCGCGGAUUUCAUGGACUCUAUGGUUGGUCUGGCUACUGGUGGCUCAACCUCCACUGCCAGCCAGGGGUCGGAGUCAACUGAGAGGCAGUUCGGUAAGUCGAAGAUGUAACGUACAGUUACACAUUAUGAUUUGUGGAGGUGUAUGUCAUUGAUCACCUAUCGUUAUUAGUAUUACUGUUUAAGAUGGAUCUCAAAUGUAAACGCGUCUCUC